UAUUCGGAUUGAACGGACGAUUAAUCCGGACUCUUCGCAUCACUAUGACAUACGUCAGAUGUCACGAAAAUAAAAAUAAAAAGGCACAAUUCUAUAAGUUUGUAUUUUGUUUUCUAUGGUUUUUUUAUAUUGUGAUUGACUGUGAAAGGAAAUAUUAAUACAAUACAAUGACUACUGCAGCAAGACCUACAUUUGAGCCGGCUAGGGGAGGCUCUGGAAGAAAUGAGAAGGAUCUUAGUGCUAUUUCUCGCCAGUAUUCCAGUAGAGAUUUGCCUGGACAUACUAAGUUAAAAUACAGAGAACAUGGCCAAGGCACUCAGGAAGAAACCCGCUCACGUGAUUUUCGCAGAGAAUUAGAAGAGAGAGAAAACCAAAAACGUUCAAGUGGAUCUAGAACAACUGAUGGUCAUAUAACCAACAAAAGGUUAAAGUUAGAUCAGGUACCAGCAGCUAGUCUGGAUGCAGAUGAUCCCAUUGACCCCGAAGAAGAUUCUGACUCGAGCGACGGAGAAGAUGAUACUGAGGCACUUUUGGCUGAACUGAAUAAAAUAAGAAAGGAAAGAGCUUUGGAGCAAACAAAAAAAGAAAUCGAAAGACGACAAGAGGAAGAACGAAUAAGAAUGGAAAACAUUUUGAGCGGAAAUCCUCUGUUGACCCACUAUGCUUCGGGCGGUACGAAAGCCGACCAUAAAGUAAAGCGAAGAUGGGACGAUGAUGUAGUGUUCAAAAAUUGUGCAAAAUCUGAACCUGAAAAGAAGAGUAAUGUUUUUAUAAAUGAUUCUUUACGUUCAGAAUUUCAUAAAAAGUUUAUGGAAAAAUAUGUUAAAUAAGUGUACAGAUAUUUUUGAUAAAACUUUUACAUACAUAUUAAGAUUCCUUCUAGAUCAUUUAGUUUAAAUAAUAAUAUUAAUAAUAAUAAUAAUAA